AUGUCGCAGGUCAUCCCGAGCCACGUGCUGCGGGUCGGGCAGAGCGUGUGCGUGGCGUCGCAGGAGGAGGGCAAGCGGCUGCGCGCCGCGGGCUGCGCGGGCUGCGCGGCCCUGCACGCCCCCUUCGCCUACUACUCCGCGGACGGCUGGGCCGAGCCGGUCCCUCUGCUUCCCAACGGAGCCCGGGCCGGGAGCCAGCCUGCCUGCGAGCACGCGGCCGCCUGCGCGCAGGGGAACGGGCAGCAGGACGCCUCUUUGGAGAGAGCCCAUGUCCCUAGUCGAGCGAAGGAGGGGGACGCCAGCGAGGAUACUGAUGCUCCCCUGAUGUCUCCUACCUUGGAUAUAUCGAUAGAAAGCCUCAACCAGCUGAUCCUGGAAAUCGAUCCAACCUUCCAGCCGCUCGCGUGCGCGCCGGUCAAGGAUGCUCCCCGAGCUGCUCCUCAGCGUGACCUUGCUGCGACCAAGAAACAAGACGCAGAGGCAACAGGGCCCAGCGCGCGGAGCCCGCCGGGCUCGGAGAGCAUCGCCAUCCCGGACGGCGUCUCCUGCAGCCCUGGCGUGCCCCGCGACGCGCUGCUGAGGCCCCUGCACGUGCUGAGGGCGCAGCAGAGGAGCAGCGGCGUCUCCCUGCUCUCCAACAGCCCCGGCUCCGACACCAGCUACAUCCUCGGCAGCACCCACUCGCUCCCCAACGAUGACUCGGAUGCUCCCUGUGCUGCCAGCCGCUCGGCCGAGUGCCCGUCCCCCGCGGGGUCCCUCGGCAGCCCCUACCCGUCUUCCCCGAGCGUCAGAUCUCCCGCCGGAGACGCCUUCGGGCCGGGCUCCCCACAGCCCAGGUCAACCUGCUCCCCCAAAGCCAGUGCGCCGUCGGCCCAGAAGGGCCAGGCCAGCAGCUGCCCCCCUUCCCUCCUGGGCGCCGCGGCCGACGUCCCCGUGCUGCUGGUGAACGGCUGCCUGGAGCGAGGACACGCGGCCGGGGGCCCUCCGGCCUCGGCGAAGCAGAGCCCUCCUCCCGGCUGCAGCCCCUGCCCGGGGCUCGGCGCCUUGAACAACGCGCUCUCCGCUCCGCUGCUCUCCUGCGUCCCCGACAGUCCCCCCAGAGAUGGGCAACCAACCAUGAAGUUUGUGAUGGACACAUCGAAAUACUGGUUCAAGCCAAGCAUAACCAGGGAACAAGCGAUCCAGCUGCUGAAGGACAAGGAGCCGGGCACGUUCGUUGUGCGGGACAGCACGUCGUACCGGGGCUCCUUUGGCCUGGCCAUGAAGGUCCCCGUCCCUCCAUCUGGCAGCCAGACAGAUCUUGCCGAUGGGGAGAAUAGCCCCGACUGGGCUCCAGAAUCCGCGGGGUCUCUACUGCAGAAAACUGCUGUGUGCAACGUCCUGUACCUCAACUCGGUGACGGUGGAGACGCUCACGGCGGCCCCGGCCAUCCAGAAGGCGGUGUCGAGCACCUUCGAGCUGGAGACGCUGCCCACACCCACCCUCGUGCACUUCAAGGCGUCCGAGCAGGGAAUCACGCUCACCGACAUCCAGAGGAAGGUGUUUUUCAGGAGACAUUAUCCCCUGGCUUCCAUCAGGUUCUGCGGGAUGGAUCCGGAGAACAGAAAGUGGCAGAAGUACUGCCGGGCCUCCAGAAUCUUUGGGUUUGUGGCCAAAAGCCAAACAGAUUCGGAGAACCUCUGUCACCUGUUUGCGGAGUACGACACUGUGCAGCCAGCGUCCCUUGUCAUCGACUUUGUCAGAAAGCUUCUGCCAGGCCCGUAG